UACAUUUUGUACAUCAAUACCAAUUCACAAACAAAUAUGUUGAAACCUCAACUCAACAACCUCUCCCACCACCACAGCCUUGCUCCGGUGUUACUCACACAAGGGAAGAAGAAUCUUAUCCCCGGAAAUGGGGUUGUUGACAACAUCGGAAGCCCUUCUUCCUUUCUCUCUCUUAACACCCUCACAUUUCCUACCAAACCUCGUAGGUCUUUCUGUUCUCGUAGUCACACCCGCUACUCAAUCAGUCAAAUUAAAGCCGGCUUCAGUGAUUCUGGUAGUGCGAGUCUCAUUAGAACCAUUAGUCUUAAAGCCGUGAUUACAGUCCAAAUGACGGUGGGUGGUGUCCUAUCGAACCUUAGUGUUGACAGAGCCUUUGAUGACAUCGGAGAUUUGCUUGGAAAAUCACUACUUUUGGAGCUUGUUGCAGCCGAGGCUGACCCUAAGACCGGUUUACCAAAGGCUACCAUACCGGAUUAUGCUCAUCGAUCUGGUCAAAAAGCAGACGACUUAGAAUAUUUAGCAGAAUUUGAAGUGCCCGAAGAUUUUGGGUCAAUUGGUGCUAUUAUGAUAGAGAACGAACAUCACAAAGAGAUGUUCGUGGAAUCUGUUGUAAUUGAAGGCCUCUCCACCGGCCCCAUUAGGGUCUCCUGUAAUUCAUGGGUUCAUUCCAAGUUUGAUAAACCUGAGAAACGGGUUUUCUUUCUAGACAAGGUGUCAUGCCUACCAUCGCAGACGCCGAGCGGGUUGAAGCAGCUCCGAGAACAGGAACUAGCGAUUCUUCGAGGCGAUGGGGUCGCCGAUAAACCUCGAGAAAAGAAAGAUAGAAUUUACGAUUACGAUGUCUACAACGAUCUUGGCGAUCCGGAUAAGGAUCCGGAAUUGGCACGACCGGUGCUCGGCACCAAGGAUUAUCCUUAUCCUCGACGUUGCAAAACUGGUCGCCCUCGCUCCAAAUCAGAUCCAUUAUCGGAGUCAAGGAGCGGUGAUGUUUAUGUGCCAAGAGAUGAAGCCUUUUCAGAAGUAAAGGAUAUGUCUUUUAAUGCCAAGACUGUAUACUCGUUGCUUCAUGCAGUCAUUCCUUACAUAGAGACAUCUGUUAUUGACAAAGACCUUGGGUUCCCAUACUUCACAGCCAUUGAAUCUCUGUUCAAUGAGGGAGUUAAUUUGCCACCAUUAGACAACAAUGGGUUUCUUGGAAAUGUUCUACCUCGACUUUUUAAGGCUUUUGAAGAUGCCCAAAAUAACGUCUUGCUUUUUGAUACUCCUGAAAUGAUUGACAGAGAUAAGUUUGGUUGGAUGAGGGAUGAAGAAUUUUGUCGACAAACUCUUGCUGGUCUUAACCCUCUGAGUAUUAGCUUAGUCACGGAAUGGCCACUGAAAAGUAAACUUGAUCCUGAAGUGUAUGGUCCACCUGAAUCAGCAAUAACCAAAGAUGUCAUUUUGAAAGAGAUCAAAGGCUUCUGCACGCUGGAGGAGGCAAUAGAGAACAAGAAGCUUUUCGUUCUAGAUUAUCAUGAUAUCUUCCUUCCAUAUGUGCACAAAGUUAGAGAUCAAAAAAAUUUCAGAACAACUUUAUACGGAUCAAGAACACUGAUGUUCCUUAUGCCAUCUGGAACAUUAAGACCAUUGGCCAUUGAGCUUGUUAGGCCACCUGGCAAUGGGAAACCUCAAUGGAAGCGAGUAUUCACUCCAUGUUGGGAUGCAACAGGUGCUUGGCUAUGGAAGCUUGCUAAGAUCCAUGCGCUUGCUCAUGAUAGUGGUUACCAUCAACUCGUAAGUCACUGGUUGAGAACACAUUGUUGCACUGAGCCGUAUAUAAUAGCCACCAAUCGCCAGCUCAGCAAAAUGCACCCUAUACAUAAUCUAUUACACCCUCAUUUCCGAUACACAAUGGAGAUCAAUGCUUUGGCUCGGGAAUCCCUCAUAAAUGCUGGGGGAAUUAUCGAAACUUGUUUUUCCCCAGGAAAAUACAGCAUCGAGUUGAGUUCAAGCGCGUAUGGUCAACAAUGGCGGUUUGACCACGAAGCAUUACCCGCUGACCUAAUCGCAAGAGGCAUGGCGGUUGAAGACCCCGAUUCACCACACGGUCUAAAACUAUCAAUAGAAGACUACCCUUAUGCAAAUGACGGUUUAGUCCUUUGGGAUAUAAUCAAAGAUUGGGUCACCAACUAUGUCAACCAUUACUACCCAGAAGAGAAUCUUGUAGAAUCGGAUUCAGAGCUUCAAGCAUGGUGGACAGAGAUUAGAACAGAAGGACACGCAGACAAAAAAGACGAACCAUGGUGGCCGAUUUUGAAAACACCAAAAGAUUUAAUCGGAAUUUUGACAACGAUAAUCUGGGUAGCUUCCGGGCACCAUGCAGCUGUCAACUUCGGGCAGUAUGACUUUGCGGGGUAUAUUCCAAACAGGCCGACAAUUGCCCGAGUGAAGAUUCCAUGUGAAGAUCCUACUGAUGAUGAAUGGGAGGUUUUUAAGCGUAGGCCUGAAGAUGAACUUUUGUCUGCAUUUCCUUCUCAGGUUCAAGCUUCACAAGUUAUGGCUGUUCUUGAUGUUUUAUCAAAUCAUUCUGUAGACGAGGAGUAUAUUGGGGAGACGUGUGAACCAGCUUUUGAGGCAAAUCCAGAGAUAAAAGCUGCGUAUGAAAUAUUUGCAGGGAGGUUGAAGGAGUUGGAAGGGAUUAUUGAUGGGAGGAAUGCGGAUGAGAGUAGGAAGAACAGAAAUGGAGUUGGGGUUGUACCGUACAACCUUCUAAAGCCUUUUUCGGAACCUGGUGUCACUAGUAUGGGGGUUCCAAAUAGUAUUUCCAUAUAG